CUAAAAGAAUUCUUGUUAGUUGCUGAUACAACCAGUCAUCCGAUGAACAACAAAAAAAUGAAUGCAACAAUUCAGAUUUUCUGAUACUCGCUGAAAACAUUCAGCUGUUUAAGAUAUUCUUUUUAUACUCUUUAAUUUGGACUCGCUGAACGGUGAGAAGCCUGUUACUUAUGUCCACACGUGAGAAGUCAUCGGACUGUCACGGACCUCAGCCACGCCAUGAUCAGCAUAUUAAAGAAUCGGGCAGCUUUUCAGUGGGGAAAACGGAUAAUGGACGAAAGAUGAGAAGGAAAACAACCGCAAAACGCCUUCUAAAUAACGCAUGCGAAGGCUAUGAAGAACAACCUCAGCAUGAAGCGAUUGAACAUAGACCAUCGAAGAUAAGACGACAGCUACGCCCUGCCAUAGGCAGGGCAGAAGAGAUCAGACCAUGUGAUGCUGGUCCUUUGAAACUAAUAACAAGGACUUUUGAAACUGAUAACGGAGCAGAACUGACCAUAAGAGACGGUGACCUCACUAUGGAGGUACAGUCAGUUCAACACACUUUACGCACCAAAGAUCAUGAGGUGUUAGGAAAUCUCCAAACCUGCUCCAGAUCAGAACUUAUCGCCAUGGUGUUGAGUAUGCAGCGGGAGACAGACAGCCUCAGGGAGCAAAUAAAGACUCUCACAGCAUGUGGAAGGUUGGCACAAAAUCUUGAAGAGUUGGUCACAAAGAGCGACGGGUGGUUAAACUGCUGCAGUGUAAAUACAACCCCCAGCAUUCCAGGAACACAUGAGGGAAACUUUGCCCCAAGUCAAAUAUCUGGCCCAGAUGUCAAGAAAGAUAAGAGGGUGGAGCGCCAAGGCUCCUCCCAGCAGGGGCGUGGCCAAGAGAGAAACAGCGAGACACUAAGAAGUGAAACGGCGCAUUUCCAAGAGUUUAUCCCUGUGGAGCUGCUGGAGCGCUGUAACACGGGCACCACGGCACAGAAGCUCACCAACGAGCUUCUGCGGGGCCUCUACGACAGGGACCGCCUGGCCUCACACUCCAUCUCCGGUGCCGUUAACACCAAGAGGGGCCAGCCCAAACCAGCACUGCCUGCCAAUGAAAUCCAGGCUAUUCUGAGGGCAGUGCAGCGCUACUUCCCUGGAAAGACAGAUUCUGAAAUUAAGGGCUACAUUCGACAGAAGCUUCAGAAUGAAGCCAAAAGGCUCCGGAAGAAGCCAAACCCAUGUGAGGAGCCAGUGGCUGAGCCUUAGGAGGGUGUGGAUACAGUUAGUCCCAAGAAGAUUGACAUCUCAUUAAAACAGUGCUAUCCCUUGACCACUGAAUGAAUGGAAGAAAAUGAAAUUCUUCUCUUGAAAACUUUCUUUGCUCUGUUCCUAGUUAUUAUUGUUAAUGCAGUUUAUUCUUUGUGAUGUGGAAUGUCUUACAUACAUUGUAAAAUUGUUUCACAUUGACCAAACAAAACUGCUGAUUGCAGCUUCAUGAUAGCUAGAACUGAGGUCAUGGUUUCUCAAGUGUCCAGCACUGUUGGAGGUUGUUUCUUGAUUUUUGGUUAAAAAUACAUGUGCUUGCAUAAUUAUUUAGGCAUAAAACAGCAAAUUAAGCUUUGGUUGUUAUUCGGAAAACAGUGUUGUCCUGUAUAAGAACAGACAUUUUGGCACUUGCUACAUGUAAUAAAAUGAAAUGUUGAAUUACACAUGUAAUGGGAUCAUAAUACUUCAUUUUUAUGUGCUGUAAUUAUACACUCUCUCCCUGUGAAGCCUUAUUUGUGUCAGAUGGUCCAAUUUCAUCUUUCAGCCUAUGAUUGUCCAAUAAAUAGUGAGUUUCACUACUAAACAACAGUAUGGCAUUUUUACAUGAUUUAGGAAACAAGUUUUCUGUUUGCCUGAACCUCAGCUACGUCACAAUACACUUAAAAAUGUAAAAUAUGCUGCUGAUAAGUUUAAUCCCCAUGGCCUUCGUGCUUCAUGAUAUUUAA